AUGAGUGGAAGCCACUGUUACAGAAACAAUAAAAGUCUUAAUCGUCCUCUGAUUGCAAUGCAGAAUAUGAUUCGAGGUGAAAGAAGCGCUUUGGUCACGUUGGCCCUCCUGCUGAUUGGCCUGUCCGCCCUAGUGAACGAAGCCGGAGCUGAAAACCGGUUCCCUACUUCCCUAGACGAUAGCAAUCUAGAGGAGGAAGCUCGUUAUGGAGUUAUUUCGCUGACCGGAGCAACUUCCAAAACGACGCUCAACCUGAGCGGUAUUGUCUUGUUGGGCAUGUCCUUAUCUGCGGCCGUCUCUAUGUGGGCUUAUUCGCAUAACCUGUUAUCGGCGCAGACAUCCAGCGGCCACAACCACUUGUUCAAAAAGCUUUUCAAUAAGUUGUCGCCGUCGACGUCACCGCUCAAUUACACCGUCAACUUGUCGGGUCUUCUUGUUUUGGGAUUGGGCGUCGCAGCCGCCACCAUGCUCUGGUCUCACGUGUCCGCACUUUCCGAUAACAGGCUCAAGAGAUCGACGAGCGACGAUGGAUCGCUGGCCAUUGCUCUCAAUAAUAUGCACAGACGAUUCGAACGUGCUGAAAUCUACGAAAUGACCUGCCGCCAACGAAUCAUUUGCGAAAUCGGAGCUGAGAAAAAGAGCAAUUUCCCUGAAAAUAGCUUUGCAUAUUCGGUCAAUUCUUUCUUCGGCUCGAUUAACGGAAACAAGAUGCUCAUGGAAAGCUUUGAGAACCACAAAAGAGCGAAAAGUUAUCUGAUGGCCUGGAACGAGGGCAAAGGAGGGAAAAUGUGCAAAACUGUUUACGACCAAUGUUCCAUGACUAACGACAGCAUAAACAAGCUCAUCAAAUCUUCUGAAUAACAACGAACUCCUGCGAAUCUAUAGACAAUAACUCCAAUCAAAAGGAUAUAGACAUAAUGCAACUAUUCGCCAUCUUAACCGUAGACUUAAUCUUUCAAUCUUUUUUCGUUCUGCUGACAUCAAUUAAGCAACAAAACAAAACAAAACAAAAAACAAAACAGCUGUACAAAAUACUUAAUCAAUAAUGUCUUAUCACGUCAUUUAUGUAGAAGUUCAAGUGUGACUGCCCUCCAUCCAGGUACUGGGAAGAUACCUGGGUGAUUGUCACUCGACACUUUGUCUCGAACCAAUUCCUUCAUCUGUUUCUAACACCUUUCUUUGUUGAUUUAGUACUUUCAAAUUGACAAGGACAUUGACUCUUCUUUUUUUGCCAUGAAUUUUUGCUAAUUUAUUUCAUUUAAACUUCAACUUAUUUAUUGAAAAACAAUGUCAUGAGAAGUACGUGUGACGAUGAGAGAUGUGAAUCGACACGAUCUCUGUACAGCGCGAAUUUUAAACGGGAAUGUUCGUGUCUCCUAUUCUGUGUCAAUGCUCAUUCUGCUUUUGUUCCUUAAUAAUACAAACUGCUAAACUAUAA